GAGGUGUUCAUCUCUAAUGCAUAGCUAAAGAUCCUUUGUAAGAAAAUACAGCUAAGGACAAAAGUGUGUGUGUGUACCAGAGAAAUUGUCGAUAAUAGCCAUCAUUUUCUUUGUCUCUUGUGUCAUAUCUUCCAAAAAUCUUAAAGUAAUUGAUGAAAAAGUGGAUAUAUCACUUUGUCUUCUUUAUAGCACUGCUGGCCACUGUGAGUUAAAGCAUUAAAAGGUCGUGAACGCGGAUGCUUGACGAGCGAGUGUUUACUUGUUAAUUUUUUUAGAAGGAAUCUGGAAAAGAAUAAAGUCAUCUAUUUCACUUUGGGACAACAUUCCUCACCUCUCCCCGCCCUCCCUCCCUCCCUCCCUCCCUCUUCCGCCUCUCGGAAACCGCCGCAUCCAAUAAGGCUUCAGAUUUCUGCCAGAAGUGAUUUUUUUUGGUUGGCCAAAACCCCAUGGAUGCCAAUAAUUGGAGGCUCACUGCCCCAGGCGGAGAACCUGUGAUGGACACAGGUGAUUGGAGAACUCAAUUGCAGCCUGACUCACGGCAAAGAAUAGUCAAUAAAAUAAUGGAGACAUUAAAGAGGCAUCUUCCGUUUUCUGGUCAGGAGGGAUUACAAGAACUCAAGAAAAUUGCCGUACGGUUUGAGGAAAAGAUUUAUACUGCCGCCACCAAUCAGUCUGAUUAUCUGCGUAAAAUAUCUCUGAAGAUGCUUACAAUGGAGACCAAGUCUCAAAAUACCAUACCCACUGGCAAUGGUAACAAACCCCUGGAUCCAGGAGCAUCUCAUAGUAUGCCGCCUCAAGUUCACAACCAAGGGCAGUCGCUCCCUAUCUCAUUGUCCAGUAAUCAGCCUCAAGCACGUCAGCAGUUAUCACAAAACAUGCAGAAUAGUAUGUCAUCUAAUGGAGUUCAAAGUUCUGCUGGUUUACAAUCAGCAAUGCCUUCUGUCUCCAGUUUAACCCAGACUAUCGCAAACACUGUUGGACAGAAUGCUAACAUGCAGAGUAUCUCUGGUGUUUCACAGAACCCAGUUGGGAAUUUAAUGGGACAAGGGAUUCCCUCCAAUAUGUUUGUCAAUUCUCAGAGACAAAUGCCAGGCAGGCAACAGGUUGUUCCUCCACAGCAACAGCAGCAGUCCCAAAAUCCUCAGCAGUAUCUUUAUCAGCAGCAGAUACAACAACAGCUUUUAAAGCAGAAGCUUCAACAGGGAAAUCAUCCACACUCACUUGUGCAAUCUCACAUCCACCAGCAGCAGCAGCAGCAAAACUUGUUACAGCCAAAUCAGUUGCAAUCUGGUUUGCAAACAUCAACUGUUAUGCAGCCUUCAAUGAUGCAAACCGUCUCUGGUCUUCAACAGAACCAACCAUCUUCUGUUCAACAGUCAACACAACCAAUGCUCCAGCAACAUCCACAAUCAGUCCUCAGGCAGCAGCAACAACCUCAACAAUCUGCUGGUAUUCAUCAGCAGCAAACACCAAUGAUGCAGCAGCCACUAUUGCCUCCACAACAGCAGCUAAUGGGGCAACAAUCAAAUACCACUAACAUGUCGCAAAAUCAGUUAAUUGGACAGCAAAACAUUGUUGGGGACUUGCAGCAGCAGCAGCUAGGGCAGCAGAAUAACCUUCAAAAUCUGCAGCAGCAGCAGUUAAUGGCUCAACAAAAUAACCUCUCAAGCAUGCAUCAGCAGCAGUUGGGCCCUCAAAGUAAUGUCACUGGUUUACGGCAGCAGCAGUUGCUUGGAGCUCAGCCUGCAUCCCUAGAUUCUACAGCAGAGAUUGGACAUGCAAAUGGUGCUGAUUGGCAAGAGGAGAUCUACCAAAAGAUCAAAGUUAUGAAGGAAACGUAUUUGCCUGAAAUAAAUGAAUUGUACCAGAGAAUUGCUACCAAGUUACAGCAGCAUGACCCUCUUCCACAACAACCAAAGUCAGAACAGCUUGAAAAGCUGAAGGUAUUCAAGGUCAUGUUGGAGCGCUUGAUAACAUUCUUACAGGUCUCUAAAAACAACAUCACACCUAAUUUCAAGGAGAAAUUGGGUUUCUAUGAGAAGCAGAUUGUAGGUUUUCUAAACCCAAGCAGAUACAGGAAGCCUAUUCCUAAUCUACAGCAAGGACAACCUCCCCAACCUCGUAUUCAACCUAUGCAGCAACCCCAAUCUCAAGUUCCUCAAUUGCAGUCCCAUGAAAAUCAACUGAUUCCCCAGUUGCAAUCAAUGAAUACGCAAGGUUCUGUACCACAGAUGCAGCAGAACAAUAUGUCAAGCUUGCUGCAUAAUUUCCUUUCAACUUUAUCUGGGGAUUCGACGUCACAAUCAAACAUGAUGAAUCCAAUACAACCAGGCUCCAAUUUAGAUUCUGGACAAGGAAAUGCACUGAGCUCAUUGCAGCAGACACCUGUAGGAUCUGUACAACAGAAUCUCGUGAGCAUUUCCCAACCAACCAAAAUUAACACAUUGUCAACACAAAGUGGGGGGAGUAUGCUGCAGCCAAAUAUUCCCCUUCAGUCGAAUUCCAAUAUGAUUCAACACCAGCAUCUAAAACAGCAGCAGCAGCAGCAGCAGCAGCAUGAACAACAGAUGCUACAAACACAACAGCUUAAACGAUUCCAGCAACACCAGAAUUUAAUGCAGAAUCAACAGAUGCAGCAGCAGCAAUUACACCAGCAAGCUCCGUCUCCUAUGCCAGGAGAUUCUGACAAACCAGUUUCUGGUAUUUCCUCACUCUUAAAUACUGGAAAUAUUGUACACCAACCAUCUGUUGCACAAGCACUGGCUCCAUCCCUUGCAAUUGGCACUCCUGGGAUAUCUGCAUCACCUUUGCUUGCAGAGUUUACCAGUCCUGAUGGUGCUCAUGGCAGUGCUUUGACAACUGUUUCUGGCAAGUCAAAUGUUACAGAGCAAUCACUUGAGUGCUUGAUUAAAGCGGUGAAAUCUCUGUCUCCCAAAGCACUUAGUGCAUCUGUCGGUGACAUUGGCUCCGUUGUCAGUAUGAUUGACAGAAUUGCUGGUUCUGCAGCUGGUAAUGGAUCUAGAGCUGCAGCUGGUGAGGAUUUGGUAGCAAUGACAGGAUGUCAUCUUCUUUCGUUUUUGUCUUUUUUAUUUUUCACGUGUUUCUCACAACAUGGGAACUCGAGGGAAUAAAAAGUGCUGGGAAGUAAUUUUUGUUGGAACGUCUUGUGUAACAUCUUCUUUCGAUGAUGACCUCUUGGAUGGCUGCAUGAAGCUUGUUCCGCUUUAAAUUUCUAUGUUAAUCUAUUGCUAUGAGCACUGGUGUUUCAAUUUGAAACUUGAGUUGCAACUGAAGUUAAAUGAAUAGUGUUGGAUUUGGGGCCUUC